AUGUAUGCAGGCCAGUUUGUUUUUAAAGUUUUUAUUUUUGAUUGUUUGGGGCACUAUAAUCCUUGUUUCAAAUAUGGUCCAGAGAAUUAUAAUUCCCCAUUGCUCCUCUAUUUUGAUGGCUCUCACUUUAAUGGAGUUACUUGCACUGGUGGGCUUUUUGGGCAGCCUUAUUGUUUGGAAUGUGAAACAGUGUAUCAACGUCCACAACAACAUUCUACAUCCUGUCGGGCACACUGUCUCAAUUGCUCCCGUGUCGGUCCUUUAUAUCCAUGCCCUCCGAGGAACAAUUUCUCCAAAAAAUGUAAUGGGUGCUCCAAGAGUUUUAACAACGAAAAUUGCUUCGACCAUCAUCAGAGUUCACGAUUUUGCCAACAAUCCAAACGUUGCGAAAAAUGUGGAGUGAUCUGGGAUACAAAAGAUAACACCAGAGGAGGCAGGAGCGGCCACAUUUGCAAUGAGCGCUAUUGUUCAAUUUGCUCAGGAUAUCAUGACCCAAAGCGCGGAUGUUUUAUUAAGCCUUUGGAGCCCAAGGAGCAAAAGCCUUAUCGAUUUGUAGCUUUUGAUCUGGAGACCAUGCAACAUGUAUCAGAUGGAAACAACAAGAGAAAUCACCAGACAAAUUUUAUCGCAGCAAGAGUUACAUGCCCCAAAUGUAUUGAGGAGGAGAAGGAGCUGUGCAAAGUUUGUGGGAGCAACAAACUUGUAACCUUCUCGGAGCGCCCAUUUUCCAAAACUCCCGUAGAUCUACAGAAAGUCACCGAGGAUCCAAUCAUCUCAUUUGUCAAAUGGAUAAUUGGAUUAACAACAGACUACGACACAAUAGCGUUUUCACAUUUUGGAGGGAGGUUUGAUAUGUGA